UUGCAGCCUUUGAAGUAAAUUUUAUGGAUGAUGUAGGACAGACGUUGCUAAAUUGGGCAUCAGCAUUUGGAACCCAGGAAAUGGUAGAGUUCCUUUGUGAAAGGGGAGCUGAUGUUAACAGAGGUCAGCGGUCAUCAUCUUUGCACUACGCAGCGUGUUUUGGCAGACCCCAGGUAGCAAAGACACUGUUACGACAUGGUGCAAACCCAGACUUGAGAGAUGAAGAUGGAAAAACUCCUUUAGAUAAAGCUCGUGAGCGGGGACAUAGUGAAGUUGUAGCAAUCUUGCAGUCUCCAGGUGAUUGGAUGUGUCCUGUCAAUAAAGGAGAUGACAAGAAAAAGAAAGAUGCUUGCAAAGAGGAAGAGGAAAAUAGUGAACCCAAAGGAGAUCCAGAAAUGGCACCCAUUUAUUUGAAGAGAUUGUUACCUGUAUUUGCACAAACUUUCCAGCAAACUAUGCUUCCUUCAAUAAGGAAAGCUAGCCUUGCACUCGUUAGGAAGAUGGUACAUUACUGUUCAGAAGCACUGCUGAAAGAGGUCUGUGAUUCUGAAGCUGGCCACAAUUUACCUACUGUCCUAGUGGAGAUCACAGCAACUGUCCUUGAUCAGGAGGAUGAUGAUGAUGGACACUUACUGGCCUUGCAGAUUAUUCGAGAUCUUGUAGAUAAAGGUGGUGACUUGUUCCUAGAUCAACUUGCCAGGCUUGGUGUAAUCAAUAAAGUAUCUACUUUGGCAGGUCCUACUUCUGAUGAUGAAAAUGAGGAGGAAUCUAAGCCUGAAAAGGUGAGAUUUCUGAACGAGGAUGAGCCUCAAGAAGAUGCGAAAGAACUGCAUCAAGGAAAGCCGUAUCACUGGAGAGACUGGUCAAUUAUAAGAGGAAGGGAUUGUCUUUAUAUAUGGAGUGAUGCAGCUGCCUUAGAAUUGUCUAAUGGUAGUAAUGGAUGGUUUCGAUUCAUACUGGAUGGCAAGCUUGCCACAAUGUAUUCCAGUGGCAGUCCUGAAGGAGGAUCAGACAGUUCAGAGAGCCGAAGUGAGUUUUUGGAGAAGCUGCAAAGGGCUCGUAGUCAAGUAAAACCUUCUACUGCAAGUCAGCCGAUUUUGUCCACACUAGGACCUACAAAACUUACUGUGGGGAACUGGUCACUUACAUGUUUAAAGGAGGGCGAAAUUGCUAUUCAUAACUCAGAUGGUCAACAGGCAACUAUUCUGAGAGAAGAUCUUCCUGGUUUUGUGUUCGAGUCCAACCGAGGAACUAAGCACUCCUUUACUGCUGAAACAUCUUUAGGAACAGAAUUUGUGACGGGUUGGACUGGGAAAAGAGGAAGAAAGUUGAAAUCCAAGCUUGAAAAAACAAAGCAGAAGGUUCGUACAAUGGCUAGAGAUUUGUAUGAUGAUCAUUUCAAAGCUGUUGAAAGUAUGCCUCGUGGAGUGGUGGUGACGUUAAGAAACAUAGCAACUCAGUUGGAGUCAGGCUGGGAACUUCAUACCAAUAGACAUUGCAUUGAAGGAGAGAACACUUGGAGAGAUUUAAUGAAGACUGCUUUGGAAAACCUAAUUGUGCUUCUGAAGGAUGAAAACACCAUUUCGCCAUACGAGAUGUGCAGCAGUGGAUUGGUACAGGCCCUUCUUACUGUUCUUAAUAAUAAUGUAGACUUGGAUUUGAAACAUGACUGCAGUCAGCUGCUGGAGAGAAUAAAUGUUUUCAAAAUGGCUUUCAGUGAAAAUGAAGAUAAUGAAAGUCGUCCAGCAGUUGCCCUUGUUCGAAAGUUAAUAGCAGUACUGGAAUCCAUUGAGAGAUUACCUCUUUAUUUGUAUGACACCCCAGGAUCCACAUAUAACUUGCAGAUACUCACAAGAAGACUUAGGUUCCGAUUGGAGCGUUCUGCUGGAGAAACAGGUUUGAUAGAUCGAACUGGGAGAAUGUUGAAGAUGGAGCCUUUGGCUACUGUAGAAUCUUUGGAGCAGUACCUCCUUAAAAUGGUAGCAAAGCAGUGGUACGAUUUUGAGAGAUCAUCUUUUGUUUUUGUGAAGAAACUCCGUGAAGGUCAAAGUUUUACUUUUAGACAUCAGCAUGAUUUUGAUGAAAAUGGAAUUAUUUAUUGGAUUGGAACAAAUGCAAAAACUGCAUAUGAAUGGGUAAAUCCUGCAGCUUAUGGCCUGGUAGUGGUUACAUCUUCAGAAGGGAGGAACUUGCCUUAUGGACGAUUGGAAGAUAUUUUGAGCCGGGAUAGUUCGGCUCUUAAUUGUCACACCAAUGAUGAUAAAAAUGCUUGGUUUGCUAUUGAUCUUGGCUUGUGGAUAAUCCCAUCUGCAUAUACUUUGAGGCAUGCUCGUGGCUAUGGACGAUCUGCUCUACGAAACUGGGUGUUUCAAGUCUCCAAGGAUGGGCAGAACUGGACAACUUUAUACACUCAUGCUGAUGACAGUAGCCUUAAUGAACCAGGGUCUACAGCUACCUGGCCGCUGGAUCCUCCAAAGGAUGAGAAGCAGGGUUGGCGUCAUAUAAGAAUUAAGCAAAUGGGAAAGAAUGCAAGUGGACAGACCCAUUACCUUUCCCUUUCAGGCUUUGAACUUUAUGGCACUGUGAAUGGAGUCUGUGAAGACCAACUUGGAAAAGCAGCUAAAGAAGCGGAGGCAAACUUACGAAGGCAGAGACGUCUUGUUCGGUCACAGGUGCUGAAGUAUAUAGUGCCUGGUGCUCGUGUAAUCCGAGGCAUUGACUGGAAAUGGAGAGACCAAGAUGGGAAUCCACCCGGAGAAGGAACUGUUACUGGAGAGCUACACAAUGGGUGGAUUGAUGUCACCUGGGAUGCUGGUGGCUCUAAUUCUUAUCGUAUGGGUGCAGAAGGAAAAUUUGACCUCAAGCUUGCCCCAGGGUACGACCCUGAUUCAGCACCGUCACCCAAACCUGUCUCAUCCAGUGUUUCAGGUACAACGCAGGUAUGGAGCAGCUUGGUGAAGAACAACUGUCCAGACAAGACGACUGGUACUGGUUCUUCAAGCAGGAAAGGAAGCAGCAGCUCAGUGUGCAGUGUUGCAAGCAGCAGUGACAUCAGCUUGAGUUCAUCUAAAUUGGAGCGAAGGUCUGAAAGUGUUGUGGAGCAAAGCAUAACUUCAGUUGCUGAAAGCCAUGAGCCUGUUGUUGUUUUGUCUGCUGUUGAUACAAUACCCCAAGGUGAAGUUGGCUCAGCUUCCAGUGCUAGUAGUAGCACUUUGACAGCAGAGAUAGGAAAUGAUGGUGCAGACCGAAAGGUGGGUCCUGAAGGCUCUGUACGUACCACUGGUGAAUCUGGAGCUAUAUCUAUGGGAAUUGUUAGUGUGAGUUCUCCUGAUGUUAGCUCAGUUUCUGAACUGUCCAACAAAGAAGCAACUGCUCAGCGUCCCCUUGGAUCCUCUACAAGUAAUAGGCUUUCUGUGAGCUCUUUGCUGGCUGCUGGUGCCCCAAUGAGCUCAAGUGCAAGUGUACCAAAUCUUUCUUCACGAGAAACCUCUAGCCUGGAAUCCUUUGUGCGAAGAGUUGCAAAUAUUGCACGUACUAAUGCUACUAACAACAUGAACCUGAGCCGCAGCAGCAGUGACAACAACACAAACACCUUGGGAAGAAAUGUUAUGACCACAGCAAAAUUUGCUGUAUACUUGAAGAAAAAUUCUCUGAAGUCUGCUUGUGGUAUAAAAACUUCUCCUUUGAUGGGUGCCCAAAGCUUUCCUAACCUAACCACUACUGGCACCACUUCAACAGUAACCAUGUCUACAUCCAGUGUCACCAGCAGCAGUAACGUAGCUACAGCAACCACAGGUUUAUCUGUGGGACAGUCACUCAGUAACACACUGACAACCAGCUUGACAUCAACAUCUAGUGAGAGUGACACCGGGCAGGAGGCAGAAUAUUCCUUGUAUGAUUUCCUGGAUAGUUGUCGUGCUAGUACAUUAUUAGCUGAACUAGAUGAUGAAGAAGAUCUUCCUGAGCCAGAUGAAGAAGAUGAUGAAAAUGAAGAUGACAAUCAAGAAGACCAGGAGUAUGAAGAAGUUAUGGAAGAAGAAGAAUAUGAAACCAAAGGAGGACGGCGCAGAACAUGGGAUGAUGACUAUGUUUUGAAACGUCAGUUUUCUGCUUUAGUUCCUGCAUUUGAUCCGAGGCCUGGUCGUACGAAUGUACAACAAACAACAGAUCUCGAAAUUCCUGCUCCAGGUACUCCUCAUUCAGAAUUACUAGAGGAAGUUGAAUGCGCUCCCACACCUCAUUUGGCACUAACCUUGAAGGUAGCUGGUCUUGGAACUACUCGUGAAGUGGAACUGCCUCUUUCAAACUACAGAUGUACUAUCUUCUUCUAUGUUCAGAAGUUGUUGCAGCUUUCCUGCAAUGGGAAUAUCAAAAGUGAUAAACUGAGAAGAAUUUGGGAACCAACCUACACCAUUGUGUACAGGGAAAUGAAGGAUUCUGAUAAAGAAAAAGAAAGCACCAAAGUGGGUUGCUGGUCUGUAGAGCAUGUCGAACAGUACCUUGGCACUGAUGAAUUACCAAAGAAUGACUUGAUAACCUACCUGCAGAAGAAUGCAGACUCCGCUUUCCUGCGCCACUGGAAAUUAACCGGCACUAAUAAAAGUAUUAGGAAAAACCGAAAUUGUUCUCAGCUCAUAGCUGCUUACAAGGAUUUCUGUGAGCAUGGGUUGAAAUCGUCUGGAUUAAGCCAUGGAUCCAGUUCUGUACUUCACAACUCUGAAAUUCUUAGCUCAACCAGUGAACAGCCUCAGGCAAAAGCUGGUAGUGGCCAGUGUGCUUGUGGGGUGGAAGAUGUGUUACAGCUGCUUCGUAUUCUUUAUAUAAUUGCAAGUGACCCGUAUUCCACAAGGACAGCACAAGAAGAAGAAGAAGAGAAACUGCAAUUCAAUGUUGCACCUGAAGAGUUUACAAGUAAAAAAAUAACAACCAAAAUCCUUCAGCAGAUUGAGGAACCGCUGGCUUUGGCAAGUGGGGCUUUGCCAGAUUGGUGUGAGCAGUUAACUAGCAAGUGUCCUUUCCUAAUACCAUUUGAAACCAGGCAACUUUUUUUCACAUGUACAGCAUUUGGAGCAUCAAGGGCAAUAGUUUGGCUGCAGAAUCGACGUGAAGCAACUGUUGAGCGCACUCGUGUGACUAGCACUGCAAGGAGGGAUGAUCCUGGAGACUUCAGGGUUGGCCGUCUUAAGCAUGAGAGAGUUAAAGUUCCCCGUGGUGAAUCACUCAUGGAGUGGGCAGAGAAUGUUAUGCAAAUUCAUGCAGACAGAAAAUCUGUUUUAGAGGUUGAGUUCUUAGGUGAAGAAGGAACUGGCCUGGGCCCUACACUAGAAUUUUAUGCACUUGUAGCUGCAGAAUUCCAGAGGAAACAGUUAGGAAUGUGGCUUUGUGAUGAUGACUUUCCUGAUGAUGAGUCACGGCAGGUUGAUCUGGGAGGAGGACUUAAGCCACCUGGAUAUUAUGUACAGAGGUCCUGUGGUCUUUUUACAGCACCAUACCCACAAGAUAGUGAUGAACUGGAGAGAGUAACUAAACUGUUUCAUUUCCUAGGAAUUUUCUUAGCUAAAUGCAUUCAGGACAACAGGCUAGUAGACAUACCACUUUCUAAACCUUUUUUCAAGCUUAUGUGUUUGGGAGAUAUAAAAAGCAAUAUGAGCAAACUGUUUUACGAGUCACGCAGUGACAGAGAUUUGCACUAUACAGAAACACAGUCUGAAGCUUCUACAGAAGAAGGACAUGAUUCAUUUUCAGUUGGAAGUUUUGAUGAAGAUUCUAAAUCAGAAUUUAUCAUUGACCCACCUAAACCAAAGCCCCCUGCAUGGUUCCAUGGCAUUUUAACAUGGGAAGAUUUUGAACUUGUAAACCCUCAUAGGGCUAGAUUCCUGAAAGAAAUCAAAGAACUUGCUAUUAAGAGGCGUCAGAUUUUGAGCAACAAGUCUCUUACAGAAGAUGAGAAGAAUAUCAGACUACAGGAACUUAUGCUAAGGAAUCCAUCGGGUUCUGGACCCCCAGUUAGCAUUGAAGAUUUAGGUUUUAACUUCCAGUUCUGCCCAUCAUCAAAAGUCUACGGCUUCACAGCACUAGAUCUGAAACCAAAUGGAGAGGAUGAGAUGGUUACAAUUGACAAUGCUGACGAAUACGUGGAGGCAAUGUUUGACUGUUGCAUGCACACAGCUAUUAAAAAACAGAUGGAAUCUUUUAGAGAUGGAUUUAAUCAAGUCUUCCCUAUGGAGAAACUGAGUUCAUUUAGCCAUGAAGAAGUUCAGAUGAUUCUUUGUGGAAACCAAUCACCAACAUGGACUGCAGAUGAUAUCAUCAAUUAUACAGAGCCCAAAUUGGGCUAUACACGUGACAGUCCAGGUUUCCUGAGAUUUGUCAGGGUCUUGUGCGGGAUGUCUUCAGAUGAAAGGAAAGCUUUUCUGCAGUUCACCACAGGCUGUUCAACUCUUCCACCAGGCGGUCUUGCUAAUCUCCAUCCUCGUCUUACUAUUGUCCGCAAGGUUGAUGCUACAGAUGCAAGUUAUCCAUCAGUAAACACAUGUGUGCAUUACCUGAAAUUGCCCGAAUACUCUUCUGAAGAGAUUAUGAGAGAACGCCUGUUAGCUGCUACCAUGGAAAAAGGUUUUCAUCUUAACUGAGAUGUUGACUUCACACAGCAACAGCAGAAACGGUUUGAUAAUCUAGUAAAGCCUCUUGUGUUUGUUCGUGAAAAACCUACUCUUCACAAGCUGUUCUCAGAGGCCUGCCUUUUACCCCUGCGGUGGUAGAAAAAAUUUUCAUGACAUAAUGUUAUCAGCUGCAUAGCGGGGGGAAAACACCUGUAACCACACAGCCAGCAAAUAAAUGGGACAAGAACACUGUGUAAUGCUUUAAGGGCUUUCAGACUGGAAUGAAAAGGCUGAUCAGAUUUGACUGUUCCACAGGGCAGUUCUGUCUUUUUUUUUUCUUUCUUUCUUUCUUCAGUAUUUGUUUUAUCGAACUGUGCAUUUGUGUGUAGUUUGAAGUCAAUUGGUACACUACAGAUUGCCAUCAUUACUGAUUCCCAGUACUUCUACCUUUUUCCUCACUGGUCAGAUGCCAACUACUGCUUCAAAUUAGUAAGAGUAUGGGCAGCUAAAAUAUAAUUUUAGUGACUUUGCAAAGUUUGUGCUCUGAUCCCCUUUUCUUUGUAUGCAGUCAUUAAUUUUGCAGUUGUUUUCUCUUACAGUGGAAUCAUGUUUGUUUUUAAUGCCCUGCUGUGUAAAGAUCAAAACCUCAAGUGUGUUUGUGCAAUUUACAGUAAAGCUUUAGGGAAAAAAACACUGGUUAUAGGUGCAAGGCACACUUUAAAAAGCAAGUUGAGCUUUUUCUUGUAUUUCUUUGUAUUAUAUAAACAUUUAUUUAACUUGUUGCAAUUCGAAGUAAACAAAAUUAUUUUCAAA